AAAGUCUAACUUCCGGGCUGGGGUUAUUGAUUUAUCUGUCGCUGUGAACUGUCAGGUGUCGAUAACGGUGAAAGUCACAAGACCUGUUCGUACUGUAUUGUUUUUAUUUGUAUGAACAGUGUGUUUAUUACAUGUAGUACAAAACGGACCGCUCUUACUGUAAAUAUAUUUGGAUUUAAAAGGUUGUUUUACUGUUUAAAAACUCCCGGAGCGGUGUGACUGAAGUGAUGCAACAUGGCAGCAACACACCUCAGUAGAUGUUUUCUCUUGGCACUUGGGAGACACAGUCGGUGUCAGAGCCGUGGACUUAACUCUGUGGCAGAGAGGACAGUCAGCAGGGUGUCCUCUGUUGUGAUAUGUGACCACAGCGGAGCAGAGAGGAACACAAGCCUGGAUAAAGGACCCCCGGUGGAGGAGUGGGACAGACAGGGUGGUCGGGACAGCAGCAGGAGCUCCUCUCUGAUCAAGUCAGUGUCGGUGGGUUUGGGACUGUGCGGUGCGGUGCUGCUGGACAGCCAGAAGGAUGACAAAGUGAAGGACGGAAGUGUCUCCAUAUCCGGGCGGAUUCGUGAACUCAUCCUCCCCACAGCUCAGUGUGCCUCUCCCUAUAAACCCGACAGCCCCCGCUACAGAUAUAACUUUAUUGCAGAUGUGGUGGAAAAGUCCACUCCAGCUGUGGUGUACAUUGAAAUCGUGGUCAGAAACCCAUUUUCGGGAAGAGAAGUCCCGCUGUCAAAUGGCUCUGGUUUCAUCAUCAGCAGUGACGGCCUCAUCGUCACCAAUGCUCACGUUGUGGCCAACAAGAGAGGCGUCCGCGUGAAGCUCAACAACGGAGACACGUACAACGCCACUGUGCAGGAUGUUGAUCAGGCGGCAGACAUUGCCACCAUCAAAAUCACUUCAAGGAAUCCUUUACCCACGCUCACCCUCGGUCGGUCGUCUGAUGUUCGACAAGGAGAGUUUGUGGUCGCCAUGGGAAGCCCGUUUGCUCUACGCAAUACAAUCACGUCAGGAAUCGUCAGCUCGGUGCAGAGAGGCAGUAAGGAGCUGGGACUAUCUAAGACCGACAUGGACUACAUCCAGACUGACGCAGCCAUUGAUUUUGGGAAUUCUGGAGGCCCCCUGAUUAACUUGGACGGUGAAGUCAUCGGUAUAAACACCAUGAAGGUCACCGCAGGGAUCUCAUUUGCUAUUCCGUCCGAUCGCCUGAGGCUGUUUCUUGAUCAGGCAGCAAACAAAAAGAAUUCUUGGUUUGGUGAGUCAGAGGCGAAGCGGCGGUACAUUGGUGUGAUGAUGCUGACGCUGACGCCAAGCAUCAUCGCAGAGUUGAAGCUGAGGGAUCCAUCCUUCCCUGACGUGACGCACGGCAUCCUGAUUCACAGAGUGAUCAUGGGCUCCCCGGCCAACAGAGCUGGCAUGCUCCCAGGAGACAUCGUGCUGGAGAUGAACGGAGUGAAGGUGAACACGUCAGAGGAGAUCUACCAGGCCGUCCGCAGCAGCGACAAAAUCACCAUGAUGGUGCAGAGAGGAAACGAGUUGCUUCGGCUGCAAAUGACUCCAGAGUACACAGAGUGACAAUAACUGCACGAUUUAGUUUUGUCAUGCUAACCUGAAGGAGGGAUGGCCUCAUGAUUACAUCAUGUUUAAAUGUACAAUUUUGAGCUCCAGUGUUUGAAGACUUUUGUUAAAUAAAUUGUUGGUAGGAAAGUCCAGCAAAAAGGCUGCAGUGUCAGUACGUAUCCCCCAGGUUUAAACUUCUCUGCAUUAGUCUUUCUCUACAUGUCUGAUGGCUGUUAACAACACAAUGGUUUCAAUGUUAUUUCCCAAUUCAAGCUGUGUGAAUGGUCAUGAACCUGACAGCGCCUAAAAACUUAAAACGCAUUAAAAGUCGAGUAUUUAUUCCCAGGUUUCUCUGAGUACAAUAAAUGUAUUUUCUACCUCUACAAAAUGCUUCUUCUUACUUUGCAAAGCAGCAAAACUAGUCAUGCGUCAGUGUUUCCACAGCUUGAAGCACAAUGAGCCUCAUUCACCAAUAUAUUCCUGUUUUUUCCUUCAAUUUGUACUUGAGAAAGGUCAACAUCAUAUUCAUGACAUAUUUUUGAACUGCAGAAUUGUUCGCACCCAUGCUCUCAUGACCAUGAAUCCCAUUGUCCUCCUAAAUUGACAGUGUGUCAGUAAAUUGCAGUUGUAUGUCUAUGAACCAGCCAAAUUAAAGUUUACAUCCAUACAGUAUGUGUCCAGACUCAUACGUAGCCAUGACAAUGACAGUAGACAGUGCUUCAAGGUGCUGCUGGAGAGACGCUACUAAUUCUAAAACAUUGAUGCUUCACACACAUCUUCAACCUGACAGCACAGAUCUUUACAAUCAGCACAGUUUCAAGGUGGACACACAAGAUUUGAGUCGCCAAUUCAGCAUCUGACCAAAUGUUCCUGAGAACACUAUGAUGUUUGAAUUUGACCUUCAACCUUUUGGACAUAAAAUGUCAUCACUUUGUUGUAUGCUGUUAGACAUUUGUGUGAAAUUUUGUCAUAAUUAGUGUAUCAAUCCUGAAGUUAUGGUCAAAAACAGUGACCUUUGACCACCAAAAUCUAAUCAGUUCUUUGAGUCCAGGUGGACGUUUGUGCCAAAUUUAAGGAAAUUCUUUCAAGGCAUUCUUGAGAUGUGUUUCCGAGAAUGGGACGGACAAACAGCAAGACAACCUGAAAACAUAAUGCCUCUGGCCACAGCUAUCGCCGAAGCGGAGGCUUUGAAAUGGACCUGCACUUUAAUAGCACCUUUCUAGUCAUCUGACCACUCAAAGCGCUUUUUACACUACGAGUCACAUUCACCCAUUCACACACAUUCACACACUGGUGGCCAGGGGUACCAUACAAGGUGCCACCUGCUACUCAGUUUUUAACACACUCACACACCAGUGGAACAGCCAUCAGGAGCAAUUUGGGGUUCAGUAUCUUGCUCAAGGACACUUUGACAUGCAGACUGGAGGAGCCUGGGAUCGAACCGCUGGUCUUCCGAUUAGUGGAUGACCCGGACGACCUUCUACUGACGCUGUAUUUAAUAGUAGAAGAUAUAAAAUAACAGAAAAGAACAAUGCAUGGGAUGCUGUUACUUGUUACUCUCUGUAAAUAGAUCUACAUGGUCCUGGAAGAUGUGUUACCUCCUCAAGGGAUGACCUGCAACAUUUUGUAGCAGCAGUGAACAUACUAUGUGGGUAGACCUCAGGUCCAGAAAUAGGUCCACUUCAAGCCUAUAAAUAGCAACACUAAUUACUGGAUGGCAUGGUUCCUAAUUAACACAGUUGUUAAUGGUGAAGGAGGCCCAGCGUUUGUAAACUGCAAGUUAAUGAAACCUGAAACAGUGUACUUUAUUAAAGCCAUUUAAUGUUAGACGGCAACAAGAAGCAUGAGAGACCCAACAAUAUGGCAUGGAUCAAUGGUAUAAAUGGACUACCGUUAACUGAGCACAAGUUUGACAACUCACGAGUGCUAGAACGAUGACAAUGAUCACACAAGUAUCAGAAUAUCCCACUUAUUUUAAACGGACUGUUUUUGAGUAUGUCACGCACAGUAAAAACCAAAAACAUGAUUUCACUUCAUGUUAAGAGAAAAAUGCUGAUCAUCCAUGAUAGAGAGCAAACAAAGAGAAGUGAAGCUGCUGCUCUCAGAUUUCAGUUUGAGAGCAAGAGUCAGCGCCGUGGAGCCAUAUUGAGUAAAUUAAAAUUUCCCUGGUAUAUGUACAGUAACACACACUUACAGUAAAAUAAUAAAGUGACAUGUACUGGACUGCUACACAAUUAAAUGCAUUUACCUCAAAGACUGAUAGCUAGUAAAUGGAGAGAACAUUCAAACCACCUAAGGCUUAAACAAUAUGUUCAUACUUCUGGACUAAAGACAUCUUGUUAGGUACAAGUACUACAACAUACAAGUAUGGGAGGAAAAAUAAAA